AUGGUGAACGACCCGACCUCCGAGCUGGACAGGAGGAAACGAGCGGCUUGGGGAGCAUUCAGGAGCAUUGAGGAUGUAGUGAAGAGGACCAAGAACAUUCGGCUCUGUGCUCACCUAAUCAACGCCACCGUUCUUCCUGCGUUGAUCUACGCUUUAGAAACACGGGUGUUUCGCAAGCAGGGGAAAAAUGCGAUCAGCGUCAUAGAACGUAGAAUUGAAAGAGAGGAGGCUUUACGAUCAACUAUGGAAGGGCAAGAAAGGGAUCAUAACACAUUGACUGAAGAACCAAGGAGAAGUCAACGUCAAGAGAGUCGAAGUCAACCAAGUGGUCUAGAUCGAGUAAAAAGUUUUACAAGAAAACUAUCUGCAAAGUCCAGGAAAGAGAAGAAAGACCGAGGAGAAAUCCAAGUCAACAACAUGUCCACUCCAACUUCUGACAUGAAAUCACCCGAGGUGAAACCACAAAUAAAAAUUGGGCACUAUAUUCUUAAAGACACACUUGGAGUGGGCACUUUCGGCAAGGUGAAAGUUGGAAUUCACGAAGCCACUGGAUACAAAGUGGCAGUAAAGAUUCUCAAUCGUCAAAAAAUAAAGUCGUUGGAUGUGGUUGGUAAGAUCAGACGGGAAAUCCAGAACCUUUCCUUGUUCCGUCAUCCGCACAUAAUACGGCUUUACCAAGUCAUUAGCACCCCAACUGACAUUUUCAUGAUAAUGGAAUAUGUAUCUGGUGGUGAACUUUUUGACUACAUAGUUAAACAUGGACGCCUCAAAACGCCCGAGGCUCGCCGAUUUUUCCAACAAAUUAUUUCUGGAGUGGAUUAUUGUCAUAGACAUAUGGUUGUACAUAGGGAUCUGAAGCCCGAGAACCUUUUACUGGAUGAGCAUAACAAUGUGAAAAUAGCAGACUUCGGUCUAUCCAAUAUCAUGACGGAUGGCGAUUUUCUUCGUACUAGUUGCGGAUCCCCGAACUAUGCUGCACCAGAAGUGAUUAGCGGGAAGCUUUACGCUGGUCCUGAAGUCGAUGUUUGGUCGUGCGGAGUUAUUCUGUAUGCUUUAUUGUGCGGUACAUUGCCGUUCGACGAUGAGCACGUUCCAACACUGUUCAGAAAAAUUAAGUCUGGAGUUUUUCCUAUACCGGAUUACUUGGACAAACCCCUCGUAAACUUACUUUUACACAUGUUAAUGGUGGAUCCUAUGAAGAGAGCCACAAUCAAAGAAGUCAUUGCUCAUGAGUGGUUCCAAAAGGAUCUGCCCGCUUACCUCUUUCCGCCAGUGAAUGAAUCUGAAGCAUCUAUUGUCGAUAUUGAAGCUGUUCGCGAAGUCACGGAGCGGUACAACGUCCCUGAAGAAGAGGUUACGGCUGCACUUCUUGGAGAUGAUCCGCAUCAUCAUCUCUCAAUAGCUUACAAUCUAAUCGUCGACAACAAACGAAUAGCUGACGAAACCGCGAAAUUGACAAUCGAGGAAUUUUAUCAAGUUGCCCCGAACAAAUUGCACUAUUGCGAUCAACACCGUCAUCCUGAAAGAAUAGCGGCUGUUGUGAGUAAUAAAAUUACUCCUACCUUGGAAAAUGCUGCUAGUGGUGACGCAUCGUGCAAUAAUGUCCCAGUGCAGUCAAUUGGAUAUAAGUCCGGAGUGAAACGUGCAAAAUGGCAUCUAGGUAUUAGAUCGCAGAGUCGCCCAGAAGAUAUCAUGUAUGAAGUCUUUCGAGCAAUGAAAAGUUUGGAUAUGGAAUGGAAAGUGCUCAAUCCAUAUCACGUGAUAGCUCGAAAGAAGCCUGAGAAUUCUGUUGUUGAUCCUCCGAAAAUGUCUCUGCAACUGUACCAGGUGGAUCAGCGAAGCUACUUGUUGGAUUUCAAAAGUCUUGUCGACGAUGAGAGCUCUCGUCAAACAUACAUAGCAGUCGCCACACUCUUCUUGGUCACAUGCUCUCAUGUGAGUGCUGUCAAUGCCGUCAAAACCUGCGGGAAUGCGCAAUUCACGUCAAACUAUAUCAAUGGAUGUGGAUUGUUCACCGCCUCCGUCACCUCCGGGAGCAAAACUCUCACAAACCAUGCAGUUUUUCGAGAUGUGUGCUUCCCUCAUUGGGACCUUAGCACGAUGAAGUUCGGUGCUUUCCGUUUCUACCUGGUGUAUAGAGAUACAAGCAUGAUGCUUGCUUCUUUGUUGGAUGAAUUAUCGGGAACGAUCGCUGUAAUUUUGUGUUGGUUUUACUGA